AUGGCGUACAAUGCGUGCAACGACAUCGAACGUAACAGGUUUGACUUGCUGAACUCACCCAACAUUGACAUGCGAAAUUGUUGCCAGUCGCUGUUAGAAUUAUUCAAAGUCGACAAAGACCAAGACGAGCGCAACGAUAGGCAGACAAUGUUUAGGCGGUCUCGGUUCGCCGUCAAUGACGAUAUGUUUAAACACAUAUGCGAGAAGGCAGCGUUCAACGGGCACAUCGAUUGUCUGAAACUAGCACACGAGAUUGGCGUCCCUUGGGACACCGUGCCUGGAUUGGCCGAUUUCAGAGGUAAAGCGUGUGAUCUGGCGGCGAAAGCCGGCAAUCUGGAAUGUCUAAGGUACGCCUUUGAGAACGGGUGCCCUUGGGACGAGGAGACGUGCUGGAUUGCCGCGUUAAACGGUCACCUGGAGUGCCUCACUUACGCACGGGAAAACGGGUGUCCUUGGGACGAGGAUACGUGCAGCAGCGCCGCAGAAUACGGUCACCUGCAGUGCCUAGCCUACGCCUUUGAGAACGGGUGUCCCUUUGACGAGGAGACGUGCAGCAACGCCGCGUUGAAAGGUCACCUGGAGUGCCUGGCUUACGCACGGCAAAACGGGUGCCCUUGGGACAAGUAUACGUGCAGCUCCGCCGCGUUUAACGGUCACCUGCAGUGCCUAGCUUACGCCUUUGAGAACGGGUGUCCCUUUGACGAGGAGACGUGCAGCAACGCCGCGUUGAAAGGUCACCUUGAGUGCCUGGCUUACGCACGGCAAAACGGGUGCCCUUGGAACGAGGAUACGUGCAGAAACGCCGCGUUGAACGGUCACCUGCCAUGCCUGGCUUACGCACAGCAAAACGGGUGCCCUUGGGACCAGUAUACGUGCAGCAACGCCGCGUUUAAUGGUCACCUGCAGUGCCUAGCCUUACGCCUUUGA